ACUGUUUGUAGUAGAUUUAGGGUAUUGCAGUUUAAAAGUACAUCAUGGCUUUUUCUGACGUAACUUCCAAAAUGUCGAAAAUUGAAGUAAAUAAUUCGAAGGAAACGUCAACGUAUGAGUUAUCAAUUUCUUGCAGAGGUCUGAAAGAUGCUGACAUUUUCUCAAAAUCCAAUCCGAUGGUCGUGAUGUAUGAACAAUCAUUGAGUUGUGAAGGAAGGUGGAGAGAGUUCGGACGUACAGAAGAAAUCAAAAACACUUCAGAUCUCCAAUUUGCGAGAAAAUUCUGCAUUGAUUACUUUUUCGACGAAAUCCAAUAUUUGAAAUUUGAAGUAUACGACAAAAAAAGUCAUGACCUAAAAGACCAUAAUUCCCUAGGUUGGGCAGAAUGCAAACUUUCAGAUAUCAUACGAGCAGAAAAUGGAAGAUAUGAUACUACGCUCUAUAUAAAAGGAAAAAAACUUCCAGAGGAAGGAAAAAUUACCAUAUCUGCAGAAGAGCUGAGCACCUCCAAGCAGUGGCUAAGCAUGAAAUGGGAAGGGAAAAAACUAGACAGAAAAGAUUUUUUUGGUUCAUCCGACCCUUUCAUGGUUUUUUCUCGAUGUAACAAUGAUGGAAGUUUUACCGUGUGCCACAAGACUGAGGUGAUAAAGAAUAACUUAAACCCUGAGUGGGAAGAAUUCGAAAUAUCUGUUGGCACAUUAUGUGGCAAAAAUCUCAACAGAAAAAUCCAAAUAGAAGUAUUUGACUGGAAUCGUAAUGGAAGCCACAGUCUCAUCGGAGUAUUUACAACGUGUUUGGAAGAACUCAAAGUCAAACAUAGAACAUACGAGAUAUUUUCUAAGAAAGAGAAGAAGAAGAAUUCUGGCUAUCUUACAUUGAAAUGCGAAACAAUCGACAAACUAACGUUUGCCGAAUACAUAUCGAAAGAACGCGUCAAGUUCAGUUGCGUUGUUGCAAUCGAUUUGUCUUUUCUACGCACUGAUCCAAGGGAUAAACCAAAAUAUGAACUCGCGAUCAAGGCUGUCGGUGACGUGAUUCAAGAGUACCAUAAGGAUCAAGAAUUCUCAGCGUACGGAUUUGGAGCCAAUGUGGAAGAAUUCGAUUUUAAUACAGAUAGAUUUCCACUGUUUUUCUCAUCAAAUAAAAUGAUCGCUCUAUUUAAUGUUGCAUAUGACAAUGGAUAAAAAAUUUAAUCGCUGCAAUUGUACAGAAGCACAGCUGAAGGAUAUGGUGAAUUAUUUUUAUAAUUAGGCUACUGCAUAUCAAUUGAAUUUCCCCGACUUUUAUUUUUACUUUCUCUCCCGAAUCAUAUAUGAUGAUUCAUAUCAACCUUGUUGGUUAAUUAUUGGAUGGAUAAGUUUCUCUUCCUGUUUAUUGCUUUCAUUUAUUCCAUUUUUUAUUAACUCGUUUUUAAUCUUAGUGUCGCAGACUUAUGAUGACCAUUUCUGGUCCUUCGCGACUUCCAGUCAAUUGCAAUGAAAUCCUUUACUGUAACGCCUAAUUACUUUUUCCUAUUUUGAAUUUGUGUUGUGAUUUCUUGCACGACGAAAUAAACUUAUUGUCUAUUGUCCUGAAGUAGGCGCACCAAGAUGGCGCACAACCUGAAAUCAGACUGUGUACCAGGUUAGGGUUCAGGCUGUCAGACAUCUUGGUGCGCAUACUUCAGGAGUACCAGUAAAACUCACUUUGGUGGACUAAAAAAACAAGACGCGGUGAUUCAAAAUUUUUGUUUCAACCGAUUCGAAUAAUUUACAAUUCUAUUCGAAAUGCCCAGCCCUAACCGUGAUAUAUAAUUAAAUCAAAAGCAUUUGUUGUAUUGUGGUGAAAAAAGUCAAAGAAGAAGUAAAAUAUCACCUAUUUUUAUCAUCUUCUAGAAUGGCAUCUAAGAAAGUUGGAAGACUCGUGGAAUAUUUCGUGCUCUUGAUUGUUACAAAUGGGAACAUAUCCGACAUGGAUGCUACAAAAGAAGCUAUUGUAAAGGCAGCCACAUUGCCAAUGUCUAUUGUGAUUGUUGGAAUCGGAGGUGGUGAUUUUGAAGCAAUGAAAGAACUUGAUGGUGACGUGGUGAGGUUGUUUUAUAUCGAUGGCAAAGAAAAAAAAGAUGCCAAAAGAGAUAUUGUACAGUUUGUUCCUUUUCGAGAUUUUUCUGCCAGUAAUAAAUACGAAGUGAUAAGCAUGCAAAGAUUGAGAAAAGAAGUUCUCCAGGAAAUUCCAGAUCAAUUCCUUGAGUAUGUUACUUUAUCAAAGAAAUAAAGAUCGAAGUCACACAGUUCGACGAAAAAGUAGAAGAUAAUAGUUGAGAACUGGAAAGAAAGGAUUUAUUUUGAACCAACUCUUGAAAACCAAAGCUCAGCAAAGAACAAUUAGCCUCCAACAUGACAUGCAAUAUUAAAUUGUUGAUCGGAAAUUAGACAUUCAAUUUCAUUUUGCCCCAAAUAUGGAGCUACUGACCAUAUUGUUAUUGAGUUUUUGCCUAUCUUGAAAUAGUGUGAUAACAGCGAGUCCUAUAAGAUCAAUUGUAAUUGAAGUAAUACUAUAAUAUAUUUUUAUGUAUUUUUAAGCCCAUAUUUCCACACCGAAACCAGAAUAGAAUGAGUUAUUGAUAUAAGAAUAUCAAACGGACCACCAGUGUAAAAAUGGCUCUACUAGGAUAUAAGUGCAUUCUUGUUCAUAGCAAUUUUAAAGUUACAGCUAUUAAAAUUAUCGUUAUUAUAAUUAUCAAGCUUAAUGGAUAUUUAGUUCAUCGAUGAUUUUUGGCCAACUUCAAAAAUACAGGUAACUAAUUCUAGCCUUGUCUUUCGCAUCUUUUUCAAUGUAAAUAUAUAUAUAUUUAUAUA